AUGGCGGAUCCAACCAACACCCCAAUGCCACCAAGCACGCCCGUGCCGGCAUCGACCCCACGUUCAUCUUCGCCUGCCCCUCCACUGCCUGACAUCAUCACAAACGGACUCGGCGCCGCUGCCGCCGCGGCUGCGCUCCCCGCGUCCCUGGAUCGCCUGUCCCCGGUCGCCAGGAGACCCCGCGUGCUGCAUAUUGGCGACCCCAUCAAGUACAACUUUGAAACGUACGCCUCCUUCUCGACCUGCUGCGAAAUCAUUCGGCCGUCGACCCCGGAGCGCGCGAGGCCGGAAUUUAUCAAGGCUCUAAAGGAAGAGCGAUGGGGUGACUUUGAUGCCAUCUUUCGGCCGUUUUGGGGCACGGGCGGCGAGAUGGGCCAGUGGGAUGCCGAGCUCAUCCAGUUGCUCCCGCCCAGUGUCAAGGUCUUUGCGAGUGCCGGCGCGGGGUUCGACUGGGCCGACACGAAGCUCCUAGGUAGCAGAGGCGUCAUCUACUGCAACUCGGGGCUCGCGGCGGCUGAAGCAGUGGCCGACUUUGGCGUCGCCAUGAUCAUUUCUACCUUUCGUCAUCUCCCCUGGUGCAUCACCGCGUCUGGUGACGGCGCCGCUUUCAAAGACUGCCACGCCCGAGCGACCGGGGUAUCCCGGAACCUUCGCGGACAGGUCUUGGGCAUCAUCGGCAUGGGAAAUAUCGGCCAGCAGCUUGCCGUCCGCCUCCGACACGGCUUCGCGAUGGAGAUUCACUACCACGACGUCUUGCGCAAGCCCGUACGGCUAGAGAAGACGUUUGAUGCCACCUUCCACGACACGCUCGAGUCGCUGGUCCGGGCUUCCGAUUGCGUGGUUCUGUGCACGCCCUCGGGGCCCAAGGUUAUCACGUACGAGAGCGGCGCUCGCUUCGUCAACGUUGCGAGGGGUAGCUUGGUGGACGAAGAGGCCUUGGCGGGGGCGCUCGAGGACGACCUCAUCAGUGCCAUUGCGCUGGACGUGCAUGCUUCGGAACCUCACCCGCACCCAAGGCUGCUCAAGUUUGCGGGUGAGAGGGCGAUGCUGACGUGCCAUAAUGCUGGCGGUACGGUGGAAACGCAUCGAGGAUUCGAGGAACUGAGCAUGCGAAAUAUUAUGGCGGCCAUGGCGGGGAGCGAUCCCAUCACCCCGGUGAACAUGCAAUAUCUUGUGAGAAAGUCGGCACUCUAG